UAGUGAGUGAAUGUGGGGCAAGCUGGGGGUGUAAGAAAGUGCCUCAGUCUGUGUAAGUUGGUCCCAGACCACAGUGAAUUUUGCAAGUCAGAAACCAUCCAAAUCUGUUUCACAUGGCAGUAAAUUGGUAUAGUCAGCACUGCGUACAAUCAUUUGUUUGUCCUCAAAAUCUGGGAGAAAAUUAAUUCUGGGCUCAUUAGCUGAUGAGCCCAUUGUGCAUGAACUUUUGUUGGCAGUGGCCUCUAAUAAUACACAUUCUUCAGAGCUGAGAGUCUCUGGCCACUGUCACUUCAAGCGGAGAUCCUACUGGGCAACCGUCUCCAAUUACUACGGGAUGUUACAGAAUUAAUCCUUCUCUCUUCUUUUGCUAGGAGUAAGGUGGCCUUUAUAUGUAACAAAAAAGAAACACAUUAGCUGUGAUGUUACAUUAAAUAGCCUGGUGAGCCCUUGCUGUUACACUGUUUCUUCUGGAGAGGAGGAGGGAGGUUGGAAGUUGCGAGGUUAUGUAAUAAGUGGUGAAGACAAUAUCCCUGUGCUCCAACACUAAUCGGAGUGUUUACAACCCUCCCUUUUGUAGCUUCCACUGAAUAGCACAAAUUCCCGUGGGGGACCUUUUACAUUACCGCAGGAGGUGGCACAAAGAGCUCAUUCGACAGGGACUAAGCAGCAUUGAGUCUCAAGUGAAUAAAUGGAGCAGGUGGCAUGCUGCCACAGUAUUAAUGUGUCCAAUAGGCUGGGGAUUAUGCUCCAGGCUGUGGGAAUGAAUCGGCCCUGCUUCUGACCGAAACAAAUUCCCCUGUUGAUGAGCAAUCCUGAAAGGGAUUCAAAUUACGCAGGUGCUCAACGUAACAGAAACUUGCAUUGUAAGAGGCAAAAAACCCCCACAAAAUUCCUUAUAACAUCACUGUAAACAGGAUGCAUCUUGAGAUGGGGAUGUGUUCCUUGGCACAGGUCACCUCAAGCAGCAUCCAGAGCCUUUCUCCAUUUCUCUUGCAUUCCAGAAAGCGGUAGAGAGAAGUGGGUAACUCCUCUCAGGAGGUCAGAUUUGUUAUGGUGGAUGAAGCCGAAGCCUUCAUGUGAGCUGAGGAAGAGGAAUUCUGUCAGCAGUAACAUUACAUGGAAGGUGGUCCAGAUGCCCCCACCUGUGGGGCUGUGUCAGCUCCCACACUGAGACUGAUGGCUUGUGGUGUUUGCUGACCUCCCACUCUGACCAGUGUAAUCUCACAACUCACUUGGCCAUACCCAUCUUUAAUCACUGCCAAAAGAAUCUCAAAAUAACAGAACGGGUCAGGUUGGAAGGGACCACAGGGGGUCACCUGGUCCAACCUCUCUGCUCAAGAAGGAUCAUUCCAGAGCACUGUGGAUUGCUAUGUGCAUUCCAGGACUGUGUCCCCAGAUGGUGCUUGAAUAUCUCCAGCAAGGGAGACCCCACAACCUCUUUGGGAAAUCUGUUCGAGUGCAUGGUCACUUGCACAGUGAGGUUCUUCCACAUAUCCAAGUGGAACUUCCUGUGAAUCAGUUUCUACCUGUUGCCUCUUACCCUAUUGCUUGAUACCACUGAGAAGAGCUUGGCUCCAUCCUCUUGGCAUCCUCCCUCCUUCAAAUACUUAUAGACAUUGAUGAGGACCCCUCCCAGUUGUCUCUUCCCAAGGCUGAACAGUUCCAGCUCCCUCCGUCUUCCCUCUAUAUAACAGAGAUGCUCCUGCCCCUUAAUUAUCUUUUUUGCCCUCCACGGGAUCUGCUCCAGGAGCUCCAUGUCUCUCUUGUACUGAGGAGCCCAAAACUGGACACAGCACUCCAGAUGCGGCCCCACCAGAGCUGAAUAGAGGGGCAGGAUCAGCUCCCCCGACCUGCUGGCAGCGCUCUUCCUACUGCAGCUCAGGAUAUCAUUUGCGUUCUCGGCCACAAGGGCCCUGAGCUCACGGCUCAGGGGCGCUUACGUUCCUUGUGUUCCCAGAGGAGUGACGGACCUGCUGCCUGCCGGCUCUCGGCGGCUGCUGAGGGAGCUUCACACACGUAUCUCGCCGGGGUCCCCUCAAGCAGCCGGACCCCGCUCCCGCGGGCCUGGGGGCUUCAACAGCGACUUGGGGCAGAGGAGCUGCAACUCCCUCGCAGCGCGCUGGCCGCUGGGAGCUGUAGUGCGGCGGCUAGCAGCGACCUGUAGCGCCCUUGCCGGCAGCGUCCCCGGUGAGAACUACAACUCCCGUCGUGCUCCGCGCGCGGGGAGACCAGUCCCGCCCGCCCCACCUCCCCGCCCUCACGGCCGCGCGGAGCGAAGCAGCGGCGCGUGCGCGGUGGCGUGAGCUCGCGCCGCUCCCCGCCCGUCCCUGCGAGCGCCGGGCGGCGGCGGCGGCGGCCGCGGGAUGGGGCGCGAGGCGGGGCGUGCCCGCCGCGCGUGAGGCCGAGGCGGAGCCGCUGCGCGGGCGAGCGGGACCCCCCGACGGUGUGAUGGACAGGUAGCAGAAGAUUUCACUUUGAUAUCUGGGUAUCAGAAUGACUGAGUGCUUCCUGCCUCCCACAAGCAGCCCCAGUGAACACCGUCGGGUAGAACACAGUGGGGGACUUGCUCGUACUCCCAGCUCUGAAGAAAUCAGUCCUACAAAAUUCCCUGGAUUGUACCGCACCGGUGAGCCUUCACCACCUCACGACAGCUUACAUGAGCCUCCAGAUAUAGUAUCUGAUGAUGAAAAGGAGCAUGGGAAGAAGAAAGGAAAAUUUAAGAAAAAAGAAAAAAGAACGGAAGGUUAUGCUGCGUUUCAAGAGGACAGUUCCGGUGAUGAAGCUGAAAGUCCUUCCAAGUUGAAGCGGUCCAAGGGAAUACAUGUCUUCAAGAAACCCAGCUUUUCCAAAAAGAAGGAGAAAGAUUUUAAAAUAAAAGAGAAACCCAAAGAUGAAAAACAUAAGGAAGAAAAACAUAAGGAAGACAAACACAAAGAGAAAAAGUCAAAAGACUUAACUGCAGCAGAUGUUGUAAAACAGUGGAAAGAGAAGAAGAAAAAGAAAAAGCCAAUUCAAGAGACAGAGAUACCUCAAGUGGAUGUUCCAAGUCACAGACCCGUGUUUGGCAUUCCUUUGUCUGACGCAGUAGACAGGACCAUGAUGUAUGAUGGCAUCCGCCUGCCAGCAGUUUUCCGUGAAUGUAUAGAUUACGUAGAGAAGUAUGGCAUGAAAUGUGAAGGCAUCUACAGAGUUUCAGGAAUAAAAUCAAAAGUUGACGAGCUGAAGGCAGCCUAUGAUCGUGAAGAAUCUCCAAACCUGGAAGAAUAUGAGCCCAAUACAGUCGCCAGCUUGCUCAAACAGUACCUACGGGAACUGCCCGAAAAUCUGCUUACCAAAGAGCUCAUGCCCCGCUUUGAAGAUGCUUGUGGAAAGAGCACAGAAGCUGAGAAAGUUCAGGAGUGCCAGAGGCUGCUCAAAGAGCUGCCAGAGUGUAACCAUCUCCUGAUUUCUUGGCUGAUUGUGCAUAUGGACCAUGUUAUUGCAAAGGAACUGGAAACUAAAAUGAACAUCCAGAAUAUUUCUAUAGUGCUCAGCCCUACUGUCCAGAUCAGCAACCGUGUCCUGUAUGUGUUUUUUACACAUGUUCAAGAGUUCUUUGGAAAUGUGACCCUCAAGCAGGUGACAAAACCUCUUCGCUGGUCAAAUAUGGCAACAAUGCCAGCACUUCCAGAAACACAAGAGAGCAUAAAAGAAGAAAUCAGGCGACAGGAGUUCCUUCUGAACUGUUUACACAGAGACUUGCAGGCAGGGAUAAAAGACUUAUCCAAAGAAGAGAGACUCUGGGAGGUGCAGAGAAUCUUAACAGCUCUUAAGAGGAAACUAAGAGAAGCUAAGAGACAGGAGUGUGAAACAAAGAUUGCACAAGAAAUUGCUAGCCUUUCAAAGGAGGAUGUCUCCAAAGAAGAAAUGAAUGAGAAUGAAGAAGUUAUAAAUAUUCUGCUUGCACAGGUAGCUGGCAGGCACUUACCUGUUUGCCUGGAGAACGAGAUUUUAACAGAACAAGAAGAGCUGCUGGCCAUGGAGCAGUUUCUGCGGAGACAGAUUGCCUCCGAGAAGGAAGAAAUAGAUCGGCUCCGAGCAGAAAUAGCUGAAAUACAAAGUCGCCAGCAGCACGGCCGCAGUGAAACCGAGGAAUACUCUUCCGAGAGUGAAAGUGAGAGUGAAGAUGAGGAGGAGCUGCAGGUCAUCCUGGAAGAUCUGCAGAGACAGAACGAGGAACUGGAGAUCAAGAACAAUCACCUGAACCAAGCGAUUCACGAGGAGCGUGAGGCCAUCAUCGAGCUGCGGGUGCAGCUCCGCCUGCUGCAGCGCGCAAAAUCCGAGCAGCAGGGGCAGGAGGAAGAGGAGGGGGAAAAGCGCGGGGGCGUUUCUCAGCAGCAGAGAGACACUGUCCUGGAGACAAAAGCAGCCAAAGAGCAGCCAAAAGCAAGCAAGGAGCAGCAAGUCAAGCCAUCGCCAAGUAAAGACAGGAAAGAAACUCCAAUUUGAUCCAGCUCCUUGGCUAUGCAUAAAAUCAACUGAACUGUGCAAAUUACUGUAAUUUGAGUCAAACUGCACAAAUUAUUGGUGGCUGUGUACAUUCUGUAAAGAAACUUUUCUUUUAAGCCCUGGAGACUUUUGUCUCUUAAUACUUGUGGCUUCUACUCAUCAAACUCAGGUGAGUUUGGAGAGGCCAGAAGAGUUUUCCAGUUAGUAUCAGAUUAUUUCAAGACUGGUUUCCUUCAGGUGAUUCAAAAUAAUUCAGUAACAGUUUUAUUUCAAACCAAAAUCAUUAUUUACAUUCACUGGAGCAGAAUUGGAAGAUCUCCUUUUCAGUAAACAAACAAAAUCCACCCACACACUUAGUAAUGAUUUGCCUUGUGGAUCUGUUCAUCCUCAUUCACCAUUAUUUCUGCUUAUUAACCUAGUCACUUCUUGCUUGUGCCUUUGAUACCUUUCUGAUGCAGAUUAUAUACAAGGGAGCUUUAAAUUUAUUCUGGGUUGGCUGAAACAGUGGGAGACUGUGGGGUAUCGUGUUUACCUAACAUGCCCUUAAGCUUCAUUUCUGUUCUGAGAUGUACUGAGUAAGUGUAAAAACUUGAGAGAUGUUAUUUAUGUCCCCGUAUGAUGGAAAUGUCCAUGUCCUUUAGCGGUGUAGGUAACUCACUGGCUCAUCAUUAAUCACCCUCAUCACACCUGUCUGAGACAGGCCCUGUUCACACUGCUGCCAAGUAGCCAAGCGCUUUGUCUUCAUCCAUUUUAAAUGUUUUCAUCUCUUGGAAAAAGCCACUGCUUGUAGGCAGGGAUGGGAGUGGUUAUGUCUUUAGGACGUAUCUGCCUGACCAAGCAAUACAGCAUUUCCCCUGCACAAAUGCCAGUCACUUGUGAUUCCAAAUGAGCCCGAAGAGCGACGCCAACAGGAGGCACCGGGGGCUCAGCAAUAGCCUCUUUUUGCUGGUGUUUAACAAACCAACCAGCGCUACCUGGGACUUGGUUUUGGUUUGGCUGUUUUUAAUGCUUCUACCCUUUAAAAUCCUCCACUCACACUGGCAUUUAAGGGCCCUUUAAUGUUUCAGAUACGCUUAUUGGACUCAGCCCUCAAUCCAUAUAUAGACAGAAACUCCACAGAGUGCAUAUAGGCUAUCUUAUUUUUUAAUCUGGAUAUUUAUUUUCAGCACCUGUUGGAUGUGGUUGUAUUCUUUAUCUAUUGCACUGUUGUGAAUCAUUGGCCAUGAUUUGAUUUUUGUACAAAUAAUGCUUUGAUAUGUUAUAGAAAAAAACAGCAUAGUAUUUUUUUAAAAUUUGGAAAAAAGUUUAUAAACACAGAAAAUGUGAUCAGAUUACAAAUGUAAACUAAAGCAUUCUCCCUUGCCUUCGUUACAUACAUUUUAUAUUUGCUGGCAAUAUUUAAACUUUUUGUUUGUUUGUUUAAUUCACACUAAUUCCUAUUGAAUUGUCAUGAAUUUUUCUAAUGUUCUUCAGACAAAUCUCUUAAUAUUGGUUAACUUUUAUUUUGUUAGGAUUGUAUUUAUCAAGCAAAUAAAUUCAACGGCCAUUUGAAA